UGUAACUACAGUCCCCAGGAGCCACUGCGACGUCGCCUGUAGCGGCCUUCGAGCCAACGGUUAGCGCGGAUGGAGGUUGAGAGCGUCGAUUUGGUGAGCACUAUAAUGGAUUCUGAAUUAAUGCAUAGUAUGGUAGGAAGCUAUCAUAAACCUCCAGAAAGAGUAUUUAUUCCAUCAUUUACCCAGAAUGAUGCAGCAUCUCAGACUCACCACUCCACAAACUUAGAAGCCACCACUCCUAAAAUGCUUCAUAGUCCAAACAGCCAAGCUCUUAUUUUAGCCUUAAAAACUCUUCAGGAAAAGAUUCAUCGUUUAGAGUUGGAGAGAACACAGGCUGAGGAUAAUCUAAACAUUCUAUCCAGAGAAGCAGCACAGUAUAAAAAGGCCUUGGAGAAGGAAACAAAUGAAAGAAUUCUGGCACACCAGGAACUGAUAAAACAGAAAAAAGAUAUUACUAUACAAUUAAACUCAGCUCAGUCUCGCUGUACUCUUCUAGAGAAACAACUAGAAUAUACGAAGAGAAUGGUUCUCAAUGUAGAACGAGAGAAGAAUAUGAUCCUAGAACAACAGGCCCAGCUUCAAAGGGAAAAAGAACAAGAUCAUAGGAAGCUGCAAGCAAAACUUGAAAAGCUUGAUGUCUUAGAAAAAGAAUGUUUUAAACUUACAACCACUCAGAAAACUGCUGAGGACAAGAUUAAACAUUUAGAGGAAAAACUUAAGGAAGAAGAACAUCAGCGUAAGCUGUUUCAAGACAAAGCAUCUGAACUCCAAACUGGACUUGAAAUCAACAGAAUUUUAAUGUCUUCAGUAUCAAAUCCAAAACACUCUAAGGAAAAGAAGAAGUCUUUGAAGAAAACUAAAUGUUUAAAGGGAGGACCACCUCAGCAAACUUACUCAAAGUUUGGAUCACUGCCUAUUGUGACUGAGAAGUCUGCCAGUGCGAGCUGUUCUGUGAAUUCAAGUAUGCAAAGCCUCCUGCAAUUGAUGCAACAUUAUGGGCCACAUAUCUGUCAGAAACUUCCUGAAGUUACUGAGCCUCCAUGUUUCUACAAGCCUCUUAGAACAACUUCCCAGGGUAAAGCUGAACCUUCUGAUUCAAAAAUUUCCAUUUCUAUUGGUGACAGUUUAUCUGAACUUUUGAUGGCAAUGCAGGAUGAGCUGGACCAAAUGAGUAUGGAGCAUGAAGAACUACUGAAUCAAAUGAAGGACACUGAAAGUCAUUCGGUCUGUGAAGACAUUGAAUGUGAACUAGAGCAUUUAGUCAAGAAAAUGGAAAUUAAAGAAGAACAGAUUUCCAAACUGUUGAAGCAUCAAGACAAUGUCCGUAAACUGCAGCAAAAAGUUCAAAACUCAAAGAUGAGUGAAGCUUCAGGGAUUCAGCGAGAAGAGAACAACCUUAAAGGAUCAAAGCCCAUAAAAAACAGUCCCAGAAAAUGUUUGCUAACUAACUCUCUUCAGAAGAACAACAACUUUCAUCCAGUACAAGUCCAUAAUCUUCAAAUGAAAUUGAGAAGAGAUGAUAUCAUGUGGGAACAGUAACACAAUAGUAAAACUGUCACCUUAAAUGAACUCUGUCAGUGACAUCUUGAAUUGUCUAGAGUGGUUUUAAUUUAAUAUACCUUUAAAAUUUUGAAUUAUGUUUCUAGUCCCUAUAAAGUGUCAAGUUGUAGUAUUUUUUAAAUUAAUGCUUAAUGACCUUCUACGAGUCACAGAUAAUAAAUGGCUGUGCUUUUUUUCUCUUACUGACUGAAAUACCUAAUCUGUCCAUGUUUUAGACACAUUGUUCACUUUGCAGAUUUCUUAAACUAAGUCGAAGAAUUUGUACUGGAUUAGUGAUAUUUAAAAUUGAGUUAAAUUUUGAGAUAAAAGUACCAUUCCACUUUUUCAUUUAGUAGGCCUGUAACCUUAAGAACCAAUGUAAAAUGAACACAAUAAUGAAAGUCUUUUACUUUUCGCAAUGCUUCCUCCCUAUCUUACUUUAGAGCUGUGAAAUACUUUUCUUUUUUGGAAAUAUAAGAGCUCUGUAAAGAGGCCUUUAGCCCAAGUUUUUAAUGUGACAAUUACAAAUACAAACUCGUGGUUACUUUAUUUUUAGAUUACAGUAACUCGAGUACAGAAGCGUUUUUCUGUAGUUCCUGUUCUCUUUUACAAAUCCAGGGCUGCUUUUUAAAACCAGUGACUCACCUUAUUCCUUUAUAUCUAAAACUUUUGAUGCAUUUUAGUCUUUGCAUUGUAUAUAAUCAUCAGUAUAAAUUAAGAAUAUGAAUUCCAGUACCCACUUUUAUAACAAAGUAUAGGAAAAGUAAAUUGGACAUUUUAUUACCUAUCCAAUAAAAAAAACUCAGAGGAAUAUGAUACAUUUUUAAAAUAUUUUAAAAUCAGUGAUGUCCUAAGUGAUUUCUUUGUAUAUGAAUGCUUUAUAAUAAAUUUACACUUGUUGACCUAUCUUUUUAGAAACUUAUGGAAACUAGUAUGCUCUUUAGAACUUUUUUGGUUUUUCACUGAAAUCCUUUGGGGCAACUAGAGAAUUGAAGUCCUCAGCUGAAGUAGAAAUAGAAGACUGACAGAAAAGGCGUAAUAGAAGGGAGGAACUCAGAAGCUCGGGUAGCAGUUUAAGAGAUGGUGACUCCAAAAGGACAGAGUUGGAGGUACAUUUUAUCUACAGCUGGGGGAAUAAUCAAGCUAUAGGUAUGAAAGAAUUUUCAGGGCAAGAUCUGGAGGAGCUAGGAAAAGCAAUUAUGUUAAAGACAAUCCUCCCAGGAAAAUCCCUAACAGAAUGUAGAAGAAAGGGGGUAAUUAUGGAAUUUCUGGUGAGGGAAGAGGAAAACUCUGAUUCAUUCUCAUUGAGAGAAGAGGUGUUAUGUAAGAGGACCUUUCCAGACCCGAAGUGGGGAAAUAACUGAAAAUGGAUGAAUACGUGGAAUUAUCCUUGAAAGUAAAUUAUGACAGAGAUGAGAGAUUCUCUCUGGCUGAAGUACUGCAUGUGUCCUUCACCCACUCUUAUUCCCUCUCCCUCUACAGCUUCUUCAACCCCAGAGAUGUUGCUUCAUCUAAAUUCAUUUUCAUCACUUUAUCUACUUUUCAACUUUGCCUUUCCUCCUCAAGAAUGUGAGUGCUAUCGUUUCAACUUAGGGGAAACCUCACUAGACCAUAAUGCAGCCGGAUACCCUUCUGUGCCUUUGUUCUCUAUGCAUUUAGGAAGGUGGUUGGCUCUACUUAGCUUAUCAGUAGUGAAGUCAUUACUUGCAAAAAAUGUAUUGCUAAAACAAAAACAGAGUCAUUUUAGGAAUGCUUGAAUAUUUCAGUUAAGAACUGAAGAGUUUUCUUGGAAAAUCGGUGUUGUGUAGGAGAAAAACCGUAAGACUUCAGAAUUAGGAGACUCGGGUCUAGAUUUUGACUCUAGGCUUUUAAUAGCUUGGACAAUCAAGUAAAUUUGGAGGCUCCAUUUCUUAUUUGUUAAGUAGGGAUUAUAUUGUUAACCUACCUCACAGGACUGUUGCGAGGAGUAAAUGAAAUAACACGUCAAAGCCCCCGGCAGAAGGGUUGGUGCUGAGUAAAAAUUCAAUAAAUAUUAAAUCUGACUGCCCUCCCCGACCAAAAGUGGUCAGAGAACCUGAGUUUGCAUGGCUUAAAGCCUGAAAGCAGGAAGCGAAAUGUAUUCUUCGUAAAAGUGGAAAUAUUCUAAUUACUUGGAUUUGGUUUUUUGGAUUGUUGUUUCGUUUGUUUUUUUUUGCUUUUUUGGUUUUUUUGCCUGUGUGUCUGGGAGGAGGUUAUUUUGGCUUAUUCCCUGGCUCAGGUUUCUAGUGAGGUGGGGGAAGAAUACGGUCUUACCAUGGUGCAGAAGAAAUACACAAUCCCACACAGCCACUUGGUUUGGAGACUGGGUUGUUGGGUAACAGCUAUUAUGGAGAGACACUAAAAAAUUGUCUCUUGUUGCUCCAUCACAGCUACUGAACUAAAAACAUGUCCGGCUUGCAGACGGCUGCUUGCCAGAGCCCUUGACUCCUCAGGGGGUGGAGCGAGUGAUUUCCUUCCUGGACAGGGGCAAUCUGUGGUCAGUGUUCCCGAGUUACUGUAGCAACCCCGCAGCUGUGCUCUGCCUAGCAGAAACUCUGUAGGAUACCAUUGAUUUUGCUCACUUCAGUGAAAAACAGGUUUGUUUGUUUUUUAUUUAAUCAGAAAUGGAAAAAAAAAAAUGAAGUUGGAACUUUCUAGGCAGGACCGGUCUCAGAUUUGAUGAAACUGUGAAACUAAGAAGUUUGAGUGUUUAACCUCGCAGGUAUUGUGAGUACUCUAAUCGUAGAAACAGCAGUUGGAAUCUUGAAUUAACUGUACCUGUGUGGGUCGUUGGUAACCUAGUCCAUUUUUAUUAGGUUGUGUAGCUGAGGAUAGGAGGGUUGGAGGGAAAUGUUCGGUUUUCAGCAGAGCAAGAUUAAAGGAGAUCUUAAAACAGUGAGCUUUAGCAAGUGGUGAUAGUGUACUGAAAAGUUUUUGAGAUUUUUAGAGUCAUUUUCCUCUAAAACUUCAAUUUGAACUCUAAAGGAGUAGUCUUAAUCUGUGAUAAGACAUCAAAAAAUUACAUUAAAAUUUGACUUGCAGUGUGGUGAGACUCAAACUAAGGGGAAAAGUCUGGUUCGUUACGCACAAUGAAAGGAGUGCUCACUAUGGCCAAAAAUGUGCCAGCUGCUAUUGUUGGUGUAGAGUAAAUAGUGAAACUCCUAAUGGGGUUUCCUGGAACUCUAUUCAGCUGUAACUAAAGCUGUAUGUACUGAGAACAUUUAAUUGUAUGUGAAGUUUAGAUAAGUUCAAGCUGACUCCCAGAAUGUAUAACAAGACAAACCUCUCUAUGGAAUAAUAGCAUCUGUGAGGGGAAAAACAAAACAAAACAAACAAACAAAAAAUACUCCAUAUGGGUGCCAUGGCACCUUUUGAUUAAAAUGAAAUGAGGAUAAAUAAAAGUAAAAUUGACUGCCAUCGAUGUAAAACUAGAUUUAUUUCUUGGUGAUUAAACAGACCUUGCCAAAGCUUCAGCCUUUUUCUUCAUAAUCUAUAAACUUAUGUUCAUGUAACUUUUCUCCUUUAAUUCCUUUUUUAUGUUUUGUUAAAGAAGGAGAAUUAAUCAUAACAAAAUUGUAAAGUUUAAAGUUUUAUAAUAUUGUCUAGGGCAGAGUUUGUUUUUAUUGUAUUUGUGAAUUAGUCAUUUAAAGAAUAAAGUGGAUUUUUUGUUUCCCUGGUGGGAUUUUUGGGAAUGUUCUGCUUGUUCAUACAGAGUCCCUGAAUUCUCAUUUGGUACUAGAUCCUACUAGGUGCCAUAGGCAAUUAUUAGAAUUACAAUUAGCACACACCUCCCAAUUUAUUUUUUAUUAUAUACAAAUGGUCCACUGGGUACCUGUGUGCAUUAACAAUUUCAGCAGAACAUAACAGAGAAGCAAAUUGAUCUCUUGUUACUUUAUACUCUGAGGCAGUUCUGUGACAAUCCAAGUUCAGCGGUCUACCAUAUUAAUGACCCGUUCGGCACUCUACAGUGUUAGGAGACUGGACCCAGUGUGGUUAGAGAAGGGAUGUUAGGAAUUAAGAAUUAUCUGUCAAAAAAAAAAAAAGAUAAAAAGUUCUGAUUAUCUUUUAAAUAAGGGUAAAGUUGUCCUUCUUACUCUCUGCCUAGGUUUCUCCGCUGUAGAUACUGCUUAUCUAUCCUUCCCCCAUUCUCCAGGUCUCAAUGCACUGCUUCCUCAUGGAAGUCCUCUCUAAGUCUCCCCUUCAUACUCCUCUCCCAUCUCCCAGAUCUGGCUUCACUGCCACUUCUAGGUAUUUCUCCUAUCUUUGCACCUCGAACACUUUCUUGUUAUCACUUGUUUGUCUUUCCCAUAGACUGAAAGUUCCCUAAAGGCAAGAUCCUUUCUUGCUUGUUACUGUAGCCCCGCACCCACAUAAUACUUGCCUGUAAGUAGUAGCCUUCUCAGUAAAUAUUUAAUAAUGACAUGUCAUGAAAUUGUGUUAACCGCCUUUGGUGAUCUCAUCUGAGUAAGCAUAUUGGGUCAUGUACAGCUGCUUUAGGCACCAGUUCAAUUGUGCUACUGUUGGAUCUUUCAAGGAUAUGUGACCAAAUUUUACAUAAUUCCUGGUUAAAAUAUGCCAGUAUUUUAUUGUUUGUUUGUUUGGGGGUAAAGAAAAAAGGCAGUCAGGAUGAUGCUUUCUUUGAUUUUAUGAUGCCAAGAGGAAGAGGUUAGAGAGCCAAGGUAGUUCUUUAUUUGUAUAUUGGUAUGACAGACUUGUUCAGUCAGCAAGUAUUUCCUGAUCUCUAAUCAAGUCUUUGUUGAUCUCCAAGAUACUGUGCUAGAUGGGAGAUUCAAAGCCAAAUUAUGCAUGGAUUCUCUCUUCAAGUUGCCCAUAGCCUGAUAAGAGGAAACAAAUAUAACAGAAGGAAGAGAACAGUAGGUGACAUAGAGGUAUAAUGACCAUUCCAGAGAAGAUGCUUAAAUAUUUGGCUACUAAAUUUUUGUUCAUCAUCUGUUGAUAGGUAAAGUUGAACCUAUUUGUAUUUCUUCAUUCUCUUUCUUGAUAUAUAUAGCUUUCAUUUGCUUUUUCACCUGGUGGCAGUAUUGGUCUAGGAUUCUUAAUUCUUAUGGAUUCUUAAUUCUUAUUAAUUGACGAUACCAGUUCGCUUAGCAUGAAUUUCAAACAAGUGUUGUCCACAUAACCAUGUAUCAAAUUAUGAGUAGAAAAAAUGGGUAUGAAACACCUAAGUAAAAUGGGAAGAAUAGUAGAGAAUGAAGAGGGUA